GUCUCUCGCCCAAUUUUGAUUUUCUAUUCCGAUAGCGGAUUUGAACACUCCGAUUGUCCUGUGGUUUGAUAUACUCGAGUGGGUGUAUUUUUUUCCGUCAAUUUUCUCGGGGCAUCUGAAUCAAAGAGGGAGGGUGCUGGUUUGCGGGGGCAGCGGGACUUCUGCGAGCUUAGAAUCCUCUCUCGUUUAUUGAUCAAAGCACAGCAUAUGCUGUUGGAGGAUCUUUUUCUCAACACUUGAAUGUUGCACUAUCUAUUUUAGCUGAUCAGUUGAAGAGGGAAGUAUUUUAAGCUGAAGGGAGAUAGAAGCUGGCAUAAUGGGUUCUGUUUGUUGUUGCUUGAGAGCUGAUCAAUUUGAAGAUUAUGUAAAUCGAAAUGGUUCUGUGUAUAGGAAUUGUGUGUGUCUCAAUUGCUUCCUACAGAACUUUUUGAAUGCGUAUUCAGCAAUAUUCCGCAGAGGCGAAGUGCAUUCACUACCUUCAUCCAUACAGGGGGCAGCAUCUAUGACUUCUGCAGCAUCACUCGAUAAUUCACUAUCUGACAUGUACCAUUCUCCACCAAGGCCCUUGCCUUAUGAUGUAGACCCCAGGCAUUUCCGCUCACGUCAUUUAUUUGUUUCAAGGCAUGACAAAGGUUCUAGUCAUUUGAAUGAAGAGUCAGAACCUCUAAGAGGUGCUGUAGAUGGGGAUCAAGAAUCCUUAAAUUCUGGAGGCAAAUGGAACGGAUCUACUUGUGAAGAUGCAUCACAGGAAUACAGAUCUAAGUCCUCAGUAAGGUUCUCAUCAGCAAAAUAUGCAACUGGAGCUGGGCUUGUUUAUGCAUCAUUUGAAGAUGAGGAUCUUUGCCCAACUUGUCUUGAAGAAUAUACUGAAGAGAACCCAAGGAUAUUGACAAAGUGCAAUCAUCAUUUUCAUCUUAGUUGCAUUUACGAGUGGAUGGAGAGAAGUGAAAACUGUCCAGUUUGUGGGAAGGUGAUGGUAUUCGAUGAAACAACUUAAUUUUGAACAUAAAAGAUUGUGAUGUGGAUGAAGCCUGUUACGGAGGAAAGUAGACAUUGUGAAUACUGCAGAGUGAUUGUCAUGUACAGUGUGAGUAUACGAGUUUUCUUUACCAUCUCUGUACGUUGAAUCUCAUCUUGAGAUGUUUUUACAUUUCAUUCCUUCCCCUUCUGUCCAAAUUUGGAAAAGGAAAAUGCAAUUUGAGAUCUAAACUUCGUGAUGCUUUCAAGAGUUUAGCCUUUGCAGCAGAAA